GGAGUUUCUGUAGGUGAUGCAACUAGUCGUAUGCUUAAAGCUAUCGCCGGUAGAAGGUGCUCCAAAUCGAAAUAGUCAAUAAUAAAAGGUUGCGUGCGAAAACGCUAAUGUUACUUCAAAAUUCUAUACACAAAAUAAGGAAAUGAUUAUAUUUUUAUUGGGAGUGUUAUUGUUGGGAGUGGUGAAUGCUGAUGUGCGAGUAUUUUUUAAUAAAACAGAAAUAGAAGUUCAUAUGGACAAUACAGUAUUUAUUCCAUUUACAAUUGAAAAUCUAAGUAGUGAUGUUCGUAAUGUAAAUAUCACAGCUGUAAGCUCAAAUUUGAAUGUAGUUCAAGUAAACGUAUCAAAUUUUGAUCCAUUUUUAAUAUCUAAUGGAAUCUAUAAAGGAAUUGUCAAUGUUAGUGCUAUUUUUCUUGGCAACGCAGAAGUAUAUUUAUCAGUUUUCAUUGAAAGAAAAUGGGUGAAAUCAGAUGUAAUAAAUGUUAUAAUAAUUAGAAGAGUACGAAUAAUUGAUCAUGUUUUCACUGGCAGUAUUGCUUUAUUAGUGUCGAUACUAUAUAUAAAUUUUGGAUGUGCUAUAGAUUGGGAUGUUUGUACAAAAACUAUUAAAAGGCCAAUUGGACCCUUGAUUGGUUGUGUGUGUCAAUUUGUACUUAUGCCAUUGAUAAGCUAUACACUGGGUUUGUUACUGUUUCCUGAUUCCCCUGAAAUGCAAUUAGGAAUUUUUUUCACAGGUAUUAGUCCUAGUGGAGGGGCAUCAAAUAUUUGGAGUAUGCUAUUAGGAGGCAAUUUGAAUUUAUCUGUAACCAUGACUACUCUAUGUACUAUUGCAGCAUUUGGACUUAUGCCUAUGUGGAUAUUUACAUUAGGCAAGCACAUAUUUGAAAGGGGAAAUCUAACUAUGCCAUAUGAUAAAGUAGCAACUUUUGCAAUUGGGUUGAUAAUACCAUUAGCCUUAGGUUAUAUUAUACAAAAGAAGUUGCCAAGGCUAUCAAGAUUUAUGGUUCGAACAAUGAAACCAUUUUCAGUUAUUUUGAUAGUUUUCAUAAUUAUUUUUGCUAUUGUCACAAACGUAUACUUGUUCAAAUUAUUUUCGUGGAAGAUUAUUCUGGCUGGAAUGGGAUUACCAUGGUUGGGAUUUUUAAUUGGUAUAGCUAUUGCAUUUAUUUGCCGGCAACCUAAUCAAGAUAUUCGAGCUAUUGCAAUUGAAACAGGCAUUCAAAAUACUGGCGUUGCAAUAUUUCUUUUGAGAUUUAGUUUAAAACAACCUGCAGCUGAUUUAACUACUGUAAUACCCGUAUCGUGUGCAAUUAUGACUCCAAUGCCUUUGGCUGUUUUAUAUAUAAUUAAAUUAGUAUUGGACAGAAGGAAAAGCAAUAUCAUCAAUUCCAGGGAAAAACUUCAGAAUCAUCAGGCUGCUACUGCUUCAACUCCACUUCCCCUUGAAGAUUAAAUAUUGAAUUUUCAACAAGGAAUAUGAUGAAAAUAAAUUAUUCUUUUUAUUGAUGAUAAAAAUAGCUAUAAAUAAAAAAUUGGUAUGGAGUUAAUCGUAGUGUAAGGAAAAAUUUUAUUAUAUGGUUAUCAAUGUAAUUUUUAUUUCUUUUGAAAAUUGUAAUUUUCAUAUUAACGGUUGAAUACAGUUAAUAUUACUGAAAAAAAAUUGAAAUAUUAAUUAAUUUAAAAAUUUUAUAUAUAAACUUACGAUUUUUUAAUCAAAACGAGUUUUCAAAAUAAAAAAUUGUUUUCUAAAUUCAAAAUCAUAUUUAAUAUGAAAAUCCAAAUUAUAGGUGAUGAUAGUAAA